AUGGAAGAAGAUAAAGGCCAGGACCAUGAUCUACUAUCUACAACAUGGGUUCCCCCUCAGGCAUCCGAGCAUGAGGAGAAUGGUGAUGAGCUUAUGGGCGUUGAAAAUGGUGAAGAUAAUUUAAACAGCGUUGAUCCAUAUAUCGGAAUGGAGUUCUCUACUCAUGAGGAAGCUUAUAAUUUCUACAAUGCAUACGCCAGACUUAAGGGAUUUGGUGUUCGCAAGGGUCACACAGCUUGGUCGAGAAAGAAAGAUGCAAUCCUAUCUAGAAUAUUUGUAUGUGACAAAGAAGGCUUUAAAUCUUUAAAAGAUAAAAGAGAAGAUGGUCGGAAUGUAAUUCGAAAGUUCGAUACAAGAUGUGGAUGCAACGCAAGGAUGGUUAUUGGACUUGAUAGAAGCACUGAAAAAUGGGUGGUCCGAAAGUUAAACAGUAAGCAUAAUGGUCAUCCAUUAACCACCCCAACUCGGGUAAAGAAGCACUACUCACAUCGGACACUUCAUCGAGCUCAAUCGACAAAAAGGUUGAUAGAUACUCUUGACAAUCAAGGUUUACGGCCUUCUGCCAUUUGUAAGGUUGUAGACGUUGCUCAUGGCAAUGAACAAGGCUCUCUCACUCAACAAGAAUGCCAAGCACAACUUAGACUUAAACGAAGAAACAACGUCGGCCAUGAGUGCGUGAACAUAGUUCGUCAAUUUCAAGAGAAAAAGGUAUCUGAUCCUCAAUUUUACUUCGCACUUGAUUUAGAAAAUUAUGGGACGAUGAGAAGUGUUUUUUGGAUGGAUGGUAGGUCGAGGACUUCUUACUUGCAAUUUGGAGAUGUUGUUUGCUUUGAUGUUACAUAUAGAACGAACAAUUUAAAAUUGCCGUUUGCACCAUUUACGGGCGUUAACCGUCAUCGACAGACUACUCUAUUUGGGUGUGCGUUACUGGCCAAUGAAACGGAGGAGAUGUUUAUAUGGUUAUUUAGCCAAUAG